UGCUAUAACACUGGCACCAACAACGUCGAGGGUGAGGAGACAAGCGAGUCGAGAAUGGCUUACCUCCAGCAAGCGCCGGCAUGGUUCCUCUGGCUGGCCUCCCUCGGCGCCCUGUACGUCGCGGCAUUCUUGCCCCGCCUCCUCGUCUACCUCACGCACUGCCUGCGCCGUCCCGAGGACCUCCGCCUGCGGUACGGCACGUGGGCCGUCGUCACCGGCCCGACGUCUGGCAUCGGCCGGUCCGUCGCCCUGGAGCUCGCACGCCGGGGCCUCAACCUUGUUCUGGUUGACCUCGACGCCGCCAAUCUCCACGAAGUCUCCGGCACGAUCAUGUCUCGACACGCCGUGCAGACCAUGGCCGUGGUAUUCGACCUCUCGCUCGUCUCGACUCCUAAAGGUGACGAGGCGUUACGGCGGCUCCGGGAUGCCGUGAAGAAGCUGGAUGUGGGGAUUCUGGUGAACAACGCCGGGAUAGCGAAGCCGGGUGCGGUGUUCCUGCAUGAGGCCGACGUGGAGGCGUGGGUGAGGAUGAUUCGCGUGAACCUGUGGGCGGUGACGGAGGUGACGGCCGCGGUGCUGCCCGGGAUGCUGCGGCGGGGCAGGGGCGCCAUCGUCAACAUGGGAUCGGCGUCAUCCGAGGGCAUCAACUCCUUCCCCCUCCACACCAUGUAUUCCGCCACCAAACGGUACGUCGCUCAGUUCUCCAGGAGCCUUUACGUUGAGUACAAAAGCAAGGGGAUAGAUGUCCAAUGCCAGGCGCCGUUCUUCGUGGGGACUACGAUGGCUUCCGGCUUCGCCGCGGCCUGGCGGUCGUCGGCGUUGGUGCCCACAGCCGACACGUAUGCGCGCGCGGCUGUGGGCUGGAUCGGGAAGGGCGGCCCGCUCUGCGUGCCCAACCUCAGGCACCGGCUCCUGGGGUGGUAUUUGGCCGCCGUGCCAGGCGGCGUGCAAGACUGGUUCUGCCUGCGCGAGAACCUGCGGCACAGAAAGAUGCUCCGGAGAGCGACAUCGCCGAGGGCGUCAGCGUGCAGGCCGCAUGGACAUGGGAUGCCAUCUGAGUAGGCGCUCUGCAUUGGUUUCGAAACUCUCUGGAUUGUAAUGCAUGCCAGUUAUUUUAUCGGAAAAAGAUGAGUAUCGGACAUCACGAAUAUGUUUCUUAUAUGUUACCCUAGAUUUCGUUAUUAAAGAGUAAAGAUAGGAGAAAACAAAAAGAAGUACGUCCCACUUUGCCA